UCAACUGAAAAAUCACUAGAAAUCAGAAGCACAUCUCGUCAUGCAUCUCGUUACGUAAAUGUCAAAAAGCUGAAAAAAUCUUCGAUUUUUCCUUCGAGUGAAGAAUUGUCGAAGAUCUUUUUAACUUUAAGUACAAGUUUCUAUGAAUUCCGUAAGUACUAACCAAGGGAUUUAAAGUUACGUAACGUUGCCGGUGUUCACUCUCCUGUAUAACAUGGCUGCCACAGUUGGACGAGUCUGCGGUGCUGGACUUUUAAAAUCGAAAACAGGGCCUUGUUUGAGUCAGAUAAGCUCCUAUUCCACGACGAGAGAAUGGUCGAGAGGCAAAAAAGCACUUUUGGGAAGUUUAGGUGUAAUUGCUGGGGGAGCCGGAGCCUUAAUCAUAGCUCUGGAUAAGUCAGUACGAGCUUCAGAACUCAUACUGCAUCCUCCCAAGAAUCCAUGGAGUCAUAACGGCUGGUUCAAUGGUUUAGAUCAUGCGAGUGUGAGACGUGGUUAUGAAGUUUAUAAACAAGUAUGUGCUGCGUGUCACUCUUUACGUUAUGUUGCUUACCGUGACUUGGUUGGUGUUACACACACUGAAGAAGAGGCUAAAGCUGAAGCUGAGGAACAGUUAGUGACAGAUGGCCCAGAUGAGGCAGGAAAUAUGUUCCAAAGGCCAGGAAAGUUGUCAGACUACUUCCCUAGUCCUUAUCCUAAUGAAGAAGCAGCCAGGGCAGCCAAUAACGGUGCUUUUCCCCCAGAUUUGUCUUACAUUGUACCUGCCAGACAUGGAGGUGAAGAUUAUAUAUUUGCUCUACUUACUGGAUAUUAUGAUGCUCCAGCGGGUGUUGUUUUGAGAGAAGGUCAAUACUACAAUCCCUAUUUCCCUGGCGGUGCUAUUUCUAUGGCACAAGCUUUAUACAAUGAAGUUAUAGAAUAUGCUGAUGGUACUCCAGCCACUGCCAGUCAACUAGCUAAGGACAUAGGAACGUUCUUAAAAUGGACCGCCGAGCCUGAAUUAGAAGACCGAAAAAUAAUGACGAUUCGGGCCAUUGGUAUAUUCUCCAUAUUGAUUGUUCUGAGUUACUACGCCAAGCGAUUCAAGUUCGCUUCAUUGAAAACGAGAAAGAUCGAGUUCAAAACUAAAGAGAAAAAAUAAGGAGGGCUCUCGUAAGAUGGGACAUUUUUCAGCAGCGUGACCAGUUAGCCAAUUAAAUAUUUUUAAAAUAUUUUAAGUAUAACUUUAUUAAAUGUAUAUAUUAUUAUCAAUGGAUUGUCCAGUCAGUGAAGUACCGUGGGAUUUUUUCGUCCUUACCAGUUUUAUUUGGCCUCGUGUAAUUUAUAUUUAAUUUGUACACUACAUCAGUCGGAUGUGUCACGUUAUUUGUUAAUUAAAAUAUAAAAUUGAAA